AGAGGGUCGGUCCUUUUUUCACAGGAGCUGCUACGCGCAGCUUUUCGGCUGCUAAGAUGCGUAUCGAGAAGUGUUAUUUCUGCUCGGCACCAGUCUACCCCGGUCACGGAAUGAUGUUUGUACGGAACGACUGUAAGAUGUUUAGGUUCUGCACAUCAAAAUGCCACAAGAACUUUAAGAAGAAGCGAAACCCAAGAAAAACCAGAUGGACCAAAGCUUUCAGAAAAUCAGCUGGCAAAGAAUUGGCUGUGGACAACUCCUUAGAGUUUGAAAAACGCAGAAAUAUUCCUGUUAAAUAUAACAGGGAGAUGUGGAACAAGACAGUGGAGGCGAUGAAACGUGUGGAGGAAAUAAAACAAAAACGACAAGCAAGAUUUAUCAUGAACAGAUUAAAGAAGGGCAAACAAUUGGAGAAAGAAGAGGCCAUCAACGAAGUGAAGAAAAAUAUCCACCUCAUCAAAGCUCCACAUGCAGGAAAAGCCAAACAGCUGGAAGACAAAAUGGUGCAGAGAUUACAAGAAGAUGUGGAAAUGGGAGAUGAUGAUGAUUAAAUGUUAUUUUUCACUUCAUUUUUUUUCCUUUGGACUUGUGUUUUUAAAUUUAUUUGGAGUUAAAAGUUCCAGAUAACAGAGAAUGGUCACAUCAGUGAAUUCAGGUUGAAAUUAUUGUAUAAUUGUAUCCAUUAACAGUACAAAGCCCCCUUCACCCUUCCUUGUUAUAAGACUGGUUUUCAGGCAUAAUUAAUAGAUUUAAUCUUUGUUUUGAUAAAGUGUUGCAGUCACACAGAAUAUGUAAAAAAAUAAAAAUAACAAUAAAGCAGGUGCUUUCUGAU